UCUUGAGAAAGCUAGUCGUAAAGGUAACAUUUAGGUUGGAAAUUUGUGUUUUGUUAGGAGUAAUUUUAGAAAUUUUGAGUGGGAAUAAUGGAACUUUUUAGGGGGAGAUAGAAAGAAAGGUAUGUAAGCAGUGUGUAUGGAUGUAGCUGAGCCGGAAUUUAAGCAUCAGGAUGAAGCGAGAGUGGACAGACACCAAUUUGAGGAUGAUUAUGGAGAGGAUUUUGGAGAUGAAGGACAAGAGAUAGAUCAAAAUUAUGGGAUUUCUGAAGAUAUCACUGCAAAUCCAACAGGGCUAGCUCAAGAUGAAGAAUUUGAGAGUGCUCUGACAGAAGUAGAAAGAUAUAAAGAGGUCCUUGAAAAGAACAGAGAGCUUGAAAGAACAAUCAUAUUCCAAAAAGCUAAGAUCGAAGCAAUCCAAACCGAACUUGACGGAGCUAUCUCAGUUCUUAACGAGAAGGAUAUUGAGCUCCAGCAAGUGAGUAAGAAAGAUAAAAGUUCUGAAGGGCAGACUACAAAGUUCAACAAGAAGAUAUCCAAGCUAGAAGAAGAGUUAAAGAAGGCUAAUGAGCAGAACAAGAAGCAAGAGAAGAGAAUCAAGAGCUUAGAGAGUUAUCUUCAACAAGCUGAAGCUAAGAUUAACAGAAUUGAAAGAGACACAAAGAAGGCCUCUCAAGAUGUCGGUGUAAAAGAUGUCAGGCUUAAUAGAGUCCUCGAAGAGUUAGAAAAACAAAAGUUGACGCUGAAAGAGACCAAAGAAGCUGAAGAGCAUAAGAAUAAGGAAAUCAGAGAAGAACUUGAUCGUGUUAAUGAUGAGAAUAAAAAGCUUGACAGACAAAGAAGUGAAUUACUACAGGUUUUUAAGAAGCAGAAUAAGUUAAUUGAUAUCCUUAAGAAGCAAAAGAUGCAUAUAGAAGCAGCCAAGAUGCUUAGCUUCACAGAAGAUGAGUUCACUAAAUUGCUUGAUGUAUAAAAAUUUAAAUUUCAAUG